GCUGAGGAGUGUUUGAAACGAUAGAAGGACAGGAUUUCUCAUUAUCUUCAUUCUAGUAGCGAGUCAAAGUUGCUCGAGAUAGUUCAACGUGAGUUGUAUGUUUAUGCCACCCAACUGCUUGAGAAGGAGCGCUCUGGAUUUCAUGUGCUGCUAAGUGAUGAUAAGAUGGCGGAUUUGUCAAGGAUGAUUAGGCCCUUUAUCAAAUCACCUCGAGGCUUAGAUCCCAUCUCUAAUAUACUUAAGCAGCAUGUUACUGCUGAAGGUACAGCCUUGGUUAAACAAGCAGAAGAUGCAGCGAUCAACAAGAAGGUUUCUAAGAAAGAUGUGGUUGGUUUGCAGGAACAGGUUUUUGUUAGAAAGGUCAUUGAGCUGCAUGACAAGUACCUCACAUACAUAAGUGAAUGUUUUCAGAACCACUUCCUUUUUCACAAGGCACUCAGGGAGGCAUUUGAGGUCUUCUGCAACAAGGGUGUUGCGGGAAGCUCAAGUGCAGAACUACUUGCCACAUUUUGCGAUAAUAUUCUUAAAAAAGGAGGGAGUGAGAAACUGAGUGAUGAAACCAUCAAAGUAACGCUUGAGAAGGUUGUAAAGUUGCUUGCUUAUAUCAGCGACAAAAUCCUAUUUGCUGAAUUCUGUCGGAAAAAGCUGGCUCGGCGGCUUCUGUUUGACAAGAGUGCCAACGAUGAGCAUGAGAGAAGUAUGCUGACAAAACUGAAGCAACAAUGUGGUAGUCAGUUCACAUCAAAGAUGGAAGGAAUGGUCACGGAUUUGACUUUGGCAAGGGAACAUCAAACCAACUUCGAGGAGUAUCUUGAGAGUAAUCCAAAUGCAAAUCCUGGAAUCGCCUUGACUGUUACUGUCUUGACAACUGGCUUUUGGCCAAGCUACAAGUCUUUCAAUCUCAAUCUCCCAGCGGAGAUGGUUAAAUGCGUCGAGGUUUUCAGAGAAUUUUAUCAAACAAAAACGAUGCACAGAAAGCUUACAUGGAUAUAUUCCUUGGGUACUUGUAACAUCAAUGGGAAAUUUGAACAAAAAACCAUGGAGCUGAUUUUGAAAACUUACCAGGCUUCGACUCUGCUGCUAUUCAAUUCCUCAGAUCGAUUGAGUUACCAGGAAAUUAUGAGUCAGUUAAGCCUGUCAGAUGAUGAUGUCGUGAGACUGCUCCAUUCCCUUUCAUGUGCAAAGUAUAAGAUUCUUAACAAGGAGCCGAACACCAAAACAAUCUAG